CAAAGGGGAGAAGCGAUAGGAAAAAACCCGCUCCCUUCACUCUCUCUCUCUCUCUCUCUCUCUCUCUCUCUCUCUCCAUCGAUCGAUCGAAAACCACCAGCGGUUUUCCAAUACCGCAUCCGGUAUUGAAAACCCUUGCUCGGAGGUUUCCCGUCCUCUCUAAAUCCAGCUUCCGGAAGAAAAAGCUUCGAUCUAGACGCCAUGGCUGCUGCCAGCGCUCCAAUCACCAUGAAAGAGGCCUUGACAUUGACAAGUCUUGGAAUAAAUCCGCAAUUUAUUACGUUUACACAUGUAACCAUGGAAUCGGAGAAGUACAUCUGCGUUCGGGAGACUGCACCACAGAACAGUGUUGUCAUUAUUGAUAUGAGCAUGCCGAUGCAGCCAUUGAGAAGGCCAAUCACUGCAGACUCGGCUUUGAUGAAUCCCAACACCAGAAUUCUUGCGCUGAAAGCUCAACUUCCAGGAACUACUCAGGACCACCUACAAAUAUUCAACAUUGAGAUGAAGGCAAAAAUGAAAUCACAUCAGAUGCCUGAGCAGGUUGUGUUUUGGAAGUGGAUCACCCCAAAGAUGUUGGGGCUGGUCACACAAACAUCAGUGUAUCAUUGGUCAAUAGAAGGUGAUUCGGAGCCUAUAAAGAUGUUUGAUAGAACAGCUAAUCUGAUAAAUAACCAAAUAAUUAACUAUCGCUGUGAUCCGUCUGAAAAGUGGCUUGUCUUGAUCGGAAUUGCUCCUGGUGCACCCGAGAGGCCACAGCUGGUGAAGGGGAAUAUGCAGCUUUUUUCUGUCGAUCAGCAGCGUAGUCAAGCUCUUGAAGCACAUGCUUCAUCAUUUGCUUCACUAAAAGUUGCUGGAAAUGAAAACCCUUCCAUUCUUAUUGCCUUUGCUUCAAAGACCACCAAUGCAGGACAGAUUGCGUCAAAGUUACAUGUGAUUGAACUUGGUGCUCAGCCAGGUAAACCUGGUUUCACAAAGAAACAAGCAGAUCUUUUCUUCCCUCCAGAUUUUGCUGAUGACUUCCCAGUGGCAAUGCAGAUAUCCAAUAAGUACAAUUUGAUAUAUGUGAUCACAAAGCUUGGGCUUCUAUUUGUGUAUGACCUCGAGACGGCUACUGCAGUUUACAGAAAUCGAAUUAGUCCAGAUCCUAUAUUUUUGACUGCAGAAGCUUCAUCUGUAGGAGGCUUUUAUGCUGUCAAUAGACGAGGGCAGGUUCUUCUUGCUACUGUCAAUGAAGUAACACUCGUACCUUUUGUCAGUGGCCAGUUAAACAAUCUGGAGCUGGCCAUUAGUCUUGCUAAAAGAGGAAACCUUCCAGGGGCAGAGAACUUGGUUGUCCAGCGGUUUCAAGAAUUGUUCUCUCAGACAAAAUAUAAGGAGGCUGCAGAGCUUGCAGCUGAAUCUCCACAAGGCAUCCUUCGUACUCCUGAUACUGUUGCUAAAUUUCAGAGUGUUCCUGUGCAAGCUGGGCAAACACCACCACUGUUACAGUACUUUGGGACAUUGUUAACUAGAGGAAAACUCAAUGUCUUUGAAUCUUUGGAAUUAUCCCGCCUAGUUGUGAACCAGAAUAAAAAGAAUCUUUUGGAGAAUUGGUUGGCUGAGGACAAGCUUGAGUGUAGUGAGGAACUAGGGGAUCUUGUGAAGACUGUGGACAACGACCUUGCACUGAAAAUAUAUAUCAAGGCAAGGGCUACCCCAAAAGUUGUCGCUGCUUUUGCUGAACGAAGGGAGUUUGACAAAAUUCUCAUUUACUCGAAGCAGGUUGGAUACACGCCUGAUUAUCUUUUCCUUCUGCAAACAAUUCUGAGAUCAGAUCCCCAGGGAGCAGUAAAUUUUGCUCUUAUGAUGUCACAAAUGGAAGGAGGUUGUCCAGUUGACUACAAUACUAUCACAGAUCUCUUCCUUCAGAGGAACAUGAUUCGAGAGGCAACAGCCUUUUUAUUAGAUGUUUUGAAGCCAAAUUUACCAGAACAUGCUCACCUCCAAACAAAGGUCUUAGAGAUUAAUCUAGUGACAUUUCCAAAUGUAGCAGAUGCUAUCUUAGCUAAUGGAAUGUUCAGUCACUAUGACCGUCCUCGGAUUGCACAGCUAUGUGAAAAGGCUGGUUUGUUUGUGCGUGCGCUUCAGCAUUAUACUGAGUUACCUGAUAUCAAACGUGUCAUUGUCAACACUCAUGCCAUUGAGCCACAGUCACUUGUGGAGUUCUUUGGGACCCUUUCCCGAGAAUGGGCACUGGAGUGCAUGAAAGACCUUUUACUGGUGAAUCUGAGAGGAAACCUUCAGAUAAUUGUCCAGACUGCCAAGGAGUAUUCUGAGCAGUUAGGCGUGGAUGCUUGUAUAAAACUGUUUGAGCAAUUCAAGUCCUAUGAGGGUCUAUACUUUUUCUUGGGAUCAUAUUUGAGUUCUAGCGAAGAUCCAGAUAUACACUUCAAGUACAUUGAGGCAGCUGCUAAAACUGGACAAAUCAAAGAGGUUGAACGGGUGACAAGAGAAUCGAACUUCUAUGAGCCAGAGAAGACGAAGAACUUUCUAAUGGAAGCCAAGCUUCCAGAUGCAAGGCCACUGAUAAAUGUUUGCGAUCGUUUUGGUUUUGUUCCAGAUCUGACACACUACUUGUACUCAAACAACAUGCUUCGAUACAUUGAAGGCUACGUUCAGAAAGUGAACCCUGGAAAUGCUCCUUUAGUGGUUGGGCAACUGCUAGAUGAUGAGUGCCCUGAAGAUUUCAUCAAAGGACUCAUCCUCUCAGUCCGUUCCCUCCUUCCUGUGGAGCCCCUUGUAGAUGAAUGUGAGAAGAGGAAUCGUCUUCGUUUGCUCACUCAGUUCUUAGAGCAUCUCGUUAGUGAGGGUAGCCAAGACGUGCAUGUUCACAAUGCUCUGGGUAAAAUCAUCAUAGACAGCAACAAUAAUCCUGAACAUUUUCUCACUACCAACCCUUACUAUGAUUCACGUGUUGUUGGGAAAUAUUGUGAGAAACGAGACCCUACCCUGGCAGUUGUUGCUUACCGACGAGGACAGUGUGAUGAUGAACUUAUCAAUGUCACAAAUAAAAAUUCUCUGUUCAAACUGCAGGCCAGAUAUGUUGUAGAAAGGAUGGAUUCAGACCUCUGGGAGAAAGUUCUUAACUCUGAUAAUGAGUAUAGAAGACAGCUUAUUGAUCAAGUUGUGUCUACUGCCUUGCCUGAAAGCAAGAGCCCUGAGCAAGUCUCUGCAGCUGUUAAAGCUUUCAUGAUUGCUGAUCUUCCACAUGAACUGAUUGAGCUUCUUGAAAAGAUCGUGCUUCAAAAUUCUGCCUUCAGUGGGAAUACCAAUCUGCAAAACCUGUUGAUCCUAACAGCUAUCAAGGCAGAUGCAUCAAGGGUCAUGGAUUAUGUAAAUAGAUUGGAUAACUUCGAUGGACCUGCAGUUGGGGAGGUAGCUGUGGAAGCACAAUUAUAUGAAGAAGCCUUUGCUAUCUUCAAAAAGUUCAACUUGAAUGUACAGGCAGUGAAUGUCCUCUUGGAUAACAUUCGAAGCAUAGAACGAGCUGUGGAGUUUGCCUUCCGUGUUGAAGAGGAUGCUGUUUGGAGCCAGGUGGCGAAGGCACAACUCAGGGAGGGCUUAGUGAGUGAUGCGAUUGAGUCAUUUAUCCGUGCAGAUGAUGCCACUCAGUUCUUAGAUGUUAUUCAGUGUGCUGAGGAUGCAAAUGUGUUUCAUGACUUGGUGAGGUACCUACUGAUGGUUAGACAAAAGGCUAAAGAGCCUAAGGUGGAUAGUGAGCUGAUCUAUGCAUAUGCGAAGAUUGAUAGGCUGGGUGAUAUUGAAGAAUUCAUUCUUAUGCCAAAUGUUGCUAAUCUUCCAAAUGUUGGGGAUCGUCUAUACGACGAAGCCCUUUACGAGGCUGCAAAGAUAAUCUUUGCAUUCAUUUCUAACUGGGCCAAGUUGGCCUGUACCCUUGUGAAGCUGAGGCAGUUCCAAGGUGCAGUUGAUGCAGCUCGUAAGGCAAACAGCUCGAAGACGUGGAAGGAAGUCUGCUUUGCUUGUGUUGAUGCUGAGGAGUUCCGUCUUGCACAGAUAUGUGGACUCAACGUCAUUAUACAGGUGGAUGAUUUGGAGGAGGUUAGCAAUUAUUAUCAAAAUAGAGGAUGCUUCAAUGAGCUAAUAUCGCUCAUGGAGAGUGGCCUAGGAUUGGAACGUGCUCACAUGGGGAUCUUUACAGAAUUGGGUGUCUUGUAUGCUAGAUACCGUUCAGAGAAGCUAAUGGAGCACAUUAAACUAUUCUCAACCCGUCUCAACAUUCCCAAGCUUAUACGAGCUUGUGAUGAACAACAACACUGGAAGGAACUCACUUAUCUGUAUAUCCAGUAUGAUGAGUUUGACAAUGCUGCAGCCACAAUAAUGAACCAUUCUCCAGAUGCAUGGGACCACAUGCAGUUCAAAGAUGUUGCUGUUAAAGUCGCAAAUGUCGAGCUUUACUACAAGGCAGUGCACUUUUACUUGCAGGAGCAUCCUGACCUUAUUAAUGAUUUUCUCAAUGUGCUGGCACUCCGUCUGGACCACACUCGUGUUGUGGACAUAAUGCGGAAGGCUGGUCAUCUGCUUCUUGUUAAGCCAUACAUGAUUGCAGUCCAGAGCAACAACGUAGCUGCUGUAAAUGAGGCUUUGAAUGAAAUCUACGUUGAAGAGGAGGACUAUGAGAGGCUGCGGGAGUCAAUUGAUAUGCACGAUAACUUCGAUCAGAUAGGACUUGCACAGAAGAUUGAGAAACAUGAGCUCCUUGAGAUGAGGCGCGUUGCUGCAUAUAUUUAUAAGAAAGCAGGGAGAUGGAAGCAGUCCAUCGCAUUGUCUAAGAAAGACAACCUUUACAAAGACGCCAUGGAGACAUGCUCCCAGUCCGGUGACCGUGAGCUUUCUGAGGAGUUGCUAGUUUAUUUCAUUGAACAGGGAAAGAAGGAAUGCUUUGCUUCGAGUCUUUUCACUUGUUACGACGUAAUCCGAGUAGAUGUUGCGCUGGAACUUGCCUGGACGAACAAUAUAAUCGACUUUGCCUUCCCAUACAUAUUGCAGUUUAUUCGCGAGUAUACAAGCAAAGUGGAUGAACUUGUUAAGGACAAACUCGAAGCACUCAAUGAAGUGAAAAAUAAAGAAAAGGAAGAGAAGGACAUCGCGGCCCAGCAGAAUAUGUAUGCCCAGUUGCUGCCUCUUGCUUUGCCUGCACCGCCCAUGCCAGGUAUGGGAGGACCUUAUGGGGCACCACCGCCAAUGGGUGCUAUGGGGAUGCCUCCGAUGCCACCAUUUGGCAUGCCCCCAAUGAGCGGUUACUGAUCUUGGGCGGAAUAAGAGUAGAUGGCUGGGAGUCGAUUCUGAUUUUUUUUUUUUUUUUUGCCGAAGGCAGAGAAGUUUGGUCUCAGUUUCACAUAGGCUUUCAUUUUGGUAUUAUUUUGUUGUAUGGCUGUGGUUAUUUCUUCAAGUAGGCAUAUUUUUGCUGCCGUUGAGGCUGAGCUGAGCAUUUCUAUUUCUAUUGAUGAACUGGUGCGCGUGCAUUAUGAAGGGUACCAUUGUACUACGACAUUAUGUGAUUGAUGCAAUGUGGUGACAGAUGGGCCCCACAUUCGUUGGCCCAAAUCUAUUGAUUAGACCCUUGAUGUUUUUUUCUUUGA